CCCCCGUGGAGGCUUCAAACCUGCUUCCAAAAGGCCCCCCGAGAGGUCCGUAGCCAUUUUGGCUAGAGCCAUCUGGCUCAAACGUGAUACGCCAACGUACGCGCCUCACCGGACUAACUUUUCCUCGAGCCUGCCUUUCUGACGUGCGCGCCACGAUGGCCCGGACGGCGCCUGCCCGAGCGUGCUUGCUGAUCCAUCUCCUCGCCCACGGCGUCUUCGGCACGACCGCAGCGGCGGAGGUCGACCCUCAGCAGGACACCGUGCUCCUGCAGCUCGGCACGGACGCCACCAGCUUCGACCUCGGCCGCGUCAGUUCCCCGAAGGGUACGACGGGCACUACGGUUUGGACGUUACUGGCUCGGCAAACGUACCCGCAUAUAUUCAGCAGUGGGGAGUGGUCGAAAAACGCCGGAGAUCCUGGAAAUGACAAUUAUGCCAUUCUGGAUCAACUGGAAGCUUUUCGCAGCGGCGACGGGAAGUUCACGUUCAAAUUGAGCUGGCCAGGUUCUGGAUUGCAGGACCAAGUAUGGAAGCAAUCGCUCAACCCAGUUACUUCAGGGCGGCAGUCAACCAGGCCAGUUGCAGGCUAUGAGGCGGUGUCUAUCCAUUACACAACCCAGUGGUGGGGAGGGUUGGAAGGAUCGCAGUACGCGCUCUUGGACGGGAGCGUGGCCAGCGAUAAUUGGUAUUACGCAGUUGGUGCUUUCUAUAACUGGCAGGGUGGCAUUCCCGGCCCCUCGAGUCCCGUGGCUAAAACCGAGCUCUACGUGGCGGCUUCGCCAACGCCAGCACCGACGCCCGCGACCCCCUCACCGACGCCUGCACCUACGCUGGCGCCGACGCCUGCACCUACGCUGGCGCCGACGCCGGCACCUACGCUGGCGCCGACGCCUGUACCUACGCUGGCGCCGACGCCUGCCCCUACGCCAGCCCGUACGCCUGCAGCGAUUGCUGCUGCAGUCGGGGAUCCUCAUCUGGUAAAUAUACACGGGGAGCGUUUUGAUCUCCUCAAAGACGGCAGGCACUUGCUGGUCGAGGUCCCACAGUUUGCAGCGGAGAGCGCGACGCUCCUGGCCGUCGCGGCCGUGGCACAGCGUUGUGGCGACGCAUGCUCGGACGUUUACUUUGUAUCCAUUAAUGUGACCGGCAAGUGGGCGGACGACGUGCGCGAGGGCGGCUUCCAUUACACGGCCAAGCAGCCGCAGGCCCAUCGAAAGGGAACGGGCUGGAUGAGCUUCCACAGCAUUAAAUUGAAGACCGUAUGGGGCCGUACUGGCGGAGGCAUUCCCUACCUGAAUAUGUUUGUCAAGAACUUGGGCAAGUCGGGGUAUCCAGUCGGUGGUUUGCUCGGCGGUGGGGACCAUUCCUCCGUCACCAAUCCCGAUUUGCGCUGCAAGCGCUACCUCGCAUUUUAAGCGGACUCAGGACUCAGGACUCAGGACAGAAAAUUAAUGCGCGUACCAAGCAUGUCCAUCUUUUGUUCAAGUGCCGUGUGGGAGAAAUAAUGCUGGGGUUUUUAGUUGCGUGGCACUGCAGCCCAAGGUAGCAGCGCAUUUUCACGCAGCAGUGUUCAGCGAGCUGCAGCCCAAGGUAGCAGCUCAUGUACAGUGCUGGCCGCUGCAUCCCCGGCACCUUCUGCUGAGAACACAAGCCAUUGUGGUUCUUUCAGCGCAAGCACGCCAUGAACGCUGUCUGCAGGCGUUUGGCCUCUGACACUCUCGGGCGUAAGCGGACUGCUUUCUUGGGAGGUGUGUGGGACUCAUUUUGUCGCCUCAUCCUGCGAGGUGUGAGAA